AGGAACUUAAAGUCUAAGAUUUAUAAGCUACGAAACAAGAAACUGAAAGCGUAAAUAAAAAUUAAAAUUACACAGAUGCUUUCAAAUCACUGAACCUUAAACGAGAAUGAAUCGUUUUUCUUGGUGUGAUGGUAGUUUUUAUCCAGAGGAAAGCCUUGUCAAUCAAAGAGGUGGUGUUGCGGUCUACGAUGGACAAGAUAAGGUAUUCCAUAAUUCUCACACCAAACUAAAUCAAUCAUCAAUCAGUCAGUUUGAGUAAAAUUAAAAUGUAAAAGCGCAAAAUCAAUAUUUAUAAUAUUUAUUAUUUUAAAUAAUUUAGGCCUAAUACUAAAUAUUUGCAGUUCAUUUUAAUUUUAAAUUAUUUUCACAAAUAAUAAAAGGGCUAGUUUGGAGAGAUAGUACCCUGACGUCAUUUGCAUGUUGUGUCCCUGGUUCCGAUAAGGUCAAAACCCUGGUUGCGAUAGGGUCAAAACCUAGGUUAGGGAUAAGUUUAGGGUUCAGGUUAGGUUUAGGGAUAGAUUUAGGGUUCAGGUUAGGUUUAGGGAUACAUAGAGACUAUUUAUAAUUAAGCCACACCCAUUCGGGGUGCCGAACUUGGGGGUCAGCCAAAGUUCACGCACGAGAAAAGAUGACGUAAACGAGACACCUAUAACACAAAUGCUCAAAUUAAAAAAAUUACAGUAUAAGUGUCUUCAAAAUGCAUUCAAAACCUACGUAAUCAAAUAUUUUGAUGUAUACAUUGAUCAUAAUGGAAUAUUUCCUAAGCUAAGUAUAGGUGUCUUCCACCAUUUAAAAGGGGGUGUGGUCACUAAUCCAAAAUGGCCUUUGCGACCUUUGCUUAAUUAGGUAUACGUAGAGAAUUGUGAAAAUGUUUCAUGAGCUAGCGCAAUGAAAUGUUGCAUACGUAUACCUCAAUAUAUUCUGCUGAUAUACAAUUAGUAUGAAAGACAUACUUUUAAUAUUUCAAUAACAAUUUUAUGUUGAGAAACAUAUUUUAUAUUGACAUACGAUUUUCCUCACUUAAAGUUGAUAUAAAGAACCAAAAAAAACUAAAUGGGACUGUAGGUCAACAUUUCUCCUAAUGUGAAUGGGCGGAGUCAGACCUUAAUUAUGGGGCAAAAGGACUCCUGUAUUAUUAAAAUUACACACAUUAAAAAAAUUAAAAACUUGGAUUCCAUUGCGCCGAUGCACAUUUCCGAUACAAAUUUUUUAGGAGUGUCCCCCCUUGCUUGACUAAAGUACCUACCCUUUGCUUUUUUGUUUCUUGUUUUGUCUUUAUCUGCUUAAGAGGAUGAAGGCAUCUAGCCCAAACAUUCUUGUCCUGUCUUAUCAUUUCAAAGUUUAGUAAGAUCUUAUUCUUAGCCUUAUAGAUCUUAUUCCACCAUUUCCUUCACAGGAACGCAGCCCCUCAUAUAUUAUAUUUUCCUUAAUUCUAGAUUGAGUUGGUAUUCACAUUGUGAUACUCGUGAUUGAGAAUCACAGUCACAAAAUUUAACUUCAAGACAGACUUUUAUUGAAGCUACAUGCCACAAUUAAUACUAGUAUCUUUUAAGCUGCACAAUAUAUAAUGUCCUUAGUUGAUGAUUUCUUGUUUUAUUAUUAUUUCAUCAUAACUUAAUACUUAAUGUCAUUUUGUAAGGCGUUCUGGUCUCUUAAAAAGUACAGUGUGGCCUGAUGCACAUAAGUAUCAGCACAAAAGCACACCUAAAUCAGCAUCUUGUAAAGACACAAUUAUCUCGUAAUAUAAAAUGAAAAGUUCCAGAAGUUUCCCUAAUGUAGGCCCAUUAUAAAAAAAUGAAACAAAUGUUCAUACACAAAUAAAAAUAGUGAGUAGUCCCCAAGCUUUUUAUUUCAUGUUUAUGAUGAAAGAUAAUGAGUUGUGCUGUAAUAACUGACACAUUAACUUAUGUAAGUUUCUAAAGUUGAAUUGUUUGAUCCUUUUUAGUAUGCUUCUAAAAUUGACCAAGUUUGUUACUUUGGAUUCAAUUAAAAUUCAACAAAAGAUGUUCACUAUGUCUUCAGUACAUUAAAAUCUUAAAUAAUUCCUCUUAGAUAUUAAUUCAAAACUCUGUUAUGUAAUAUCUGUAUCAUGUAUGAUUCUUUUAGUCCUUAUGUGCUGACUGAUGCUUAUCACAGGAAUGACUAAAAAUCGCCACUUCUGUCUAUCUAUCUAUUGACUGCCAUACAUGCCAAACUGUAUGUUAAAAAAAGUUUUUUGAGUUAUUUGGCCGUACAGAAUUUUGAACUGUUUUUUCACAAGAUUUAGAAAAUAAACAAUUUGUACAACUUGGUGACUACACAAAUUUGAAAAUCUUAAUGGGCAGCGCAAUAAAUUCAGCAUUAGUCAACUGUAAGCUGAAAUACUUUUGGCCCAAGUCUGGGAUUGGUAAAUCUAAAUUAAGAAAAUUGAGCACCAGUUUCAUUGAGACCAUUGGAUACUACAGCGUUGUUUGGUAAUUACAAAUCCAUUUACCCAAUUCUUAUUAUAACUUCCAACACUGUAUAUCCACAUAGUGCAUAAGGGGAAAAAAAUAAAGAAGUAUCCACAUGACAUCCCCCCCACCCAGUGUAAAAUAAUUGUAUAAAUUGACAGUAAACUGAUAAUUAAAUACAGGAAUCUAUAUUAUAUCUAAGCUAGCACAAUUAACAGAAGACUAUGUAUAAUUACAUCUUUAUUGCUUUCAAAUUCAUCAUCUAAGUCAAUUUUUAACAAAAUUGCAAUUGACGUGUAAAAAAUACUCAAAAAUCUGAUGAAAAUUGUUCUUAAAGCUAGCUAUUUCUAAUUAAAAAAUGGGAUCUAUACUGAUGUGAACAUGCUAAGAUUAAGAUGUGCAUGCAGCAAGGUUAGAUUAUUCAUGAAUGUUUGCAUGAAUGAUGAAAAAGUUAUAAGUUAUACUUUUUUUUUAUUUCUUUUUUGUUUUUUUCCCUGUCAGUAUGGAUUUUCAUGCUGAGGAACAGUUGGGGGGGGGGAUUUUGUGUGUUUUUUAUCCCACAGGUUGGCAUUUAUGGACUCCUUCUUUUUCCCAUCUGAUUGCUAUUCUGGAAGGCUUGGGGGCCACACUACAUCAGUCAAAUUCAAUGAAGUCUUUGCACUUGUUCUGGAUGACAAAUCUUUCUUUUUUUAAAUCAGACAUGGUUUUGGUCAGAAGAUGCUGUGGAUUCCUUGAAGACUUUAUUAUGGAUAACUUCUUCUUUUCAUGCCCUGUCUAGUGAGUCAUUAUCGGGCCAUUUAGCACUUUCAGUUGCAUGGGGCGCUGUGAUCUCGGCUAUCAUUUGGCUGCAAAAUUAGUUUGCGGUAAGGCCUCCGGUCCGGGUCUCAUGCUAACAGUUAUGAAGUUGGGAUCCAGCCCAGGGACGUGAUUCUUCAUGACUCACCGUUCUAGAGCUACUCAUUCAGAAACAAUUAAUGCAAUUUGAAGCUUGUCGCUGCAUGCCAUUAUGGAACAUGCUACAUAUUGCUAACUAUUACUUCCUUACAUAAUUUUCAAUAUCAGGUCUCACACUGAUGCCCAAAUAUGUGUUAGUUACCACCAUUUAUAAAGUUAUCCUUCCUUAUUGAUACUUGGUUGCUACUAUCCAUAUGUACCUGGUUGUAUUCCUUCUUUUUCGGAUUUUAACUAUUAUUUGUUUGAAUUGUUCCUUUAUUUCGUUGAUUUAUUAUUUUUGGAAUCUUACACUGCCUCAUUUUUAUUAAUACAGGGAAUACCCUUAUUUUACUCCUUCUUUCUGUGUACCCCACCAUACUCCAUGUACCUCACUCUCUCGUCCGGGCCCACCAUAUUCAGUGGCAAGACUCUACGUCAAGACGACCAGGGAUGGGUACGGUUGCAGGAAUUGUCAUUGUAUGCGCCUUACGGGACUCCAACUCCGGGUUUGAUUUCAGAGUUUCCUUCUCUUAGAUGAGUUGCCGACCAAGGUUAACAAGUCUCAUCCACCUGGGGUGAUGUUUUUGCUUGACUGACCUUUGGCUGGAAUUGAGGUUUGCUCAGUUUAGACCAUUUGGCCACCCAGUCACCCAUGCAGUGAAUGACCAUGGCGUUCUACAUGUCUGGCCAUGCUCUCAGCGAUUCACACCACUGUGCUGUCUCCGCCUUUUGUCCGUUGACCAAGUAGUGGUUCUUCCGCACAAUUUGUCAGAUUCAGUCUUUACAUACUAUGGGAGACAACCCAUUUUUUUCUGAAAGUUCUAUGCCUUUCGUCUACCUAACCAUACACAGUGUACCUAACCAUACUCUGUAUACCUAACUAUACUUUGUGUACCUAAUCAUUCAUUGUGUACCUAACAACUUUUGUUCAUUUCACCUUUAUUUUCAAAACCCCUAUUGUCAAGGCUUCCUAUAAAAUAGCAAUGAACCAAAUGUGAUCUUUUAUAACUACCAUAUUUAGUUUACUACCACCUGCACUGACAAGCGACUUCAGAAGCUUUUUCUCUUUUCAAACAGACAUGGUGUCUUUAAUUUUUGGUAACUGCAUAUGACUAAGAAUAAUACCUAAGGGUUUUGUUGGUAAUUUUAACCUUAUGGUUGGCACAUUCAACAAUUAGAGACAAGUUAAACUCCAAAGACUGGGCAUUAUCAUUCACAGCCAUAAAUGAUUGAUCUGCAAUAUGGGUUCAACCAGCUUGUUGAAUGCAAUCUCCCUAUAUCCACCCAGUAACGUUUAUUAUUCAAUCUUAUCAGAUUUAUUACACAUCAACUUAAUCAUGAUUUGUACUCUCUCCUUUCUACCAAUAAAAAGAAGAAAUUUAAUGACCCUAAACCUAAUGCUUACACAACUCCAUGCAGAAAAUGGCAAAAAUUUGGUAGCGUGCAUCCUUCCAAAUAUCCCUCCAUCUGAUGAUGAAAGAUAAGUCCUUCCUAAGGGACUCAAGUUUAUUCCUCUGAAGUCUACCAGUGGCUGUUUUCAAUUAAUGUCCAACUCCUCAUCACUAUUUUCACUCUUUGCAACUGUAGUACCACUUUUUUUGUAACGGAUAGUACCCUAAUUGAGGAUGAUAUGUUCCCUUUUCAGAGACAAUUAAGUCCACUUGGACACGUUUCUUUCAGUCCAAGGCCUUGGAUAUGUAUAUUAAUUAAUAUAAGUAGUGCAGAACAUGAUAUUAAAAAAAAUAUCUCUCUCCACUAACUUCGCCACUCUAAAUUUAUUUAUUUAUUUAUUUAGGCAUUUUUAUAUAGCGCUUACCUUAAAGCUCUAAGCGCUUUACAAUUAUUAAAAACAUGUAAACUAACUACAAUAAAAAUGAGACAUUAGGAUAGUAACUACUAUACUAUAGAAACAAUUAAAAUGGCUAUAAAACGAGGACACUUUGGCACGUUUUGGCCUAUAUUACAGGAUUAACCCUUCUUCAAUUAAAUUCUUCAAACAGGAAUCACAGGCACUCUCUAAAUUAAGUAAAUGUUCCAACAAUAACUUACAGCACUCCCUGUUCUGAACCUGAGCCACAUGGAAUUUAUUGAGAUUUAUGAAAAUAUAAGGCUUUAUUUCUAUUUUAAAUUUAAAGCAUCUGUUUGUUUCUUGUCAUGUACCGUCUGCUGAAGAAGGGCAGCCAGCCAAAACUUCAGUUAAAUUGUCCUGUCUUUUCUUUUCAAGCCUAAACAAAUCUCGUUCCACUAUUUAUUUAGUUACAACCAUACAUUUUGUUUUAUUUUAAACAUAUCUCUCAUCUCCCUCCAAACCUUUAAAGCCUUUUUCUUGGGCUGCAUCCAGUCCAGUGUAUUGUAAUUUUAGCUUUUAGCUGUCAGAUGUUGUUGCUGGCAUAGAAUGCGCCCUGCAAAUCAAAUUCUGGAGAUUUUUUAAAAAUGCAUUUCAAGGCUUUGUAUUCAGUUCCAUAUGGCUCUGUAAUUCCUUAACAUCUCAUUGUUAAAAUAUUUUUAAAGACAUUUUUGAUGUAAUCAGAGCUUUACAGUGGAGCUUUGAGAUUUAAUUAGGGUUUUUUCAUCUUACUACUGAAUGAGGAAGAUGAUUGUAAAACAAACACAAAAUAUGCUAAUUGUUUCCGUGAGCGCUUAACUUUGUACUGCAUAUAAUUUGGAAUAGUUAUAAAAUGAAGUUUAAUCAUAGGUUACUUAAGUCAAAUCAAUAUUUUAUUCUCUAUGUAAAGUAAUAAGCCUAAUGGGGCGCGAGCAGAAAUUAAUGUUUUAAAAAGAUGCAAUAGAUUUACAUUUUUUUUAAAGAACCUACACUUAUGAACUUAAAGUAGUGUAAGUUUCAGUUAUUAAUUAGCUUUAGGUCGUUUUUUUUUUUUUUUUUGCAGACUGCAUUCAACAGUGGGACUGUCAUGCUCACUACACAUCGGAUUCUUUGGAAGGAUCAAAAGAACAGGGUAUAAACCAUGAUAAUUCUGUCUGUUUAUUUUAAUUUUUUUUUCCCUAUUCAAUGAGUUGCAAAUGUUUCAUUUCUUAAUCUUAGAAAUUAUGGAAGAAUUAUUUUUUUAAGUGCAGUUAGUUUUAUUUUAUCUCCUUAUUUUUCAGAAUUGUGUCAUCAGCCUUCCACUCUCAAUUAUUAAUGCAGUCGAUGAACUACCUUCAAGUUUUACUAAAAGGUAAUUAGAACAAAAUAAAGUCUUUAUAAUGCAAGCUGAAAAAACAAAAAAUUUGAAACACAUGUCACUGUGCCGGAUUUCCCAAUAGGCUAAGUAGGCUUAAACUUAGGACCUCCAAAGUCUAAAGGGGCUCAAAAUGUAAGUAACCACAUUUUAUAGUUUCACACUCUUUUAAAAAAAGCAGACAUUACAUUUAAAAUAUCCAAAUAUUUUUUUUUUAAAUCUAUCAGAAAUGAUUUAACUGAGGCUAUUUUGGAAAUCUACAGUGCUAUCACUGAAGCACUUAGUUAUCUAUACUCUGAUAUAAAUGGAAAAGGCAAUUACAGGCUUAAAUCCAAUGCUUUUUUUUUUCUGUAAAAAGGAAGAUUUUAAAUUUGUGUUAAUGUUACAUUUUUUUAUACCAACUGUUUGGUUAUAUUCUUUAAGUCAGCUAAACUAUUAAAAAAAAAAUAAGUUCUUGCGAAGUUUUUUUCAUUUCAUUUGAAGAUUUUUUAAAGCAAAAUUAUUAAAGAUUUUGAUAAACUUGAGCAACCAGCCAAAUUCACCUUGUCAAAAUUUGACUUUAAAAAUGUCCUAACUAAGAAGACGAUGAAUAAGAAAACAGCCUGAAGUAAACAUCGAAAGUGCACCUGAUGCGUUCGAUAAAAUCUCACUCAAAAAACUAAUUCAGGAUAAAAUCAUUUGUUGCGACUAAUUGAGAAGGAAGAGAAACUGGGUAUAAUGACAUUGCAAAAAGAUGUUUCUUUCUUGCUAAUCCAAUGGUUUCUAAGCAAGAUAUUCAACAGGUUGUUAAACUGUUGAACACAUCCCCAAGAUGUUGAUUUUGAACUUGGGGAUGAACUUUUACAUUUUCAUUGCUGUGGAUCAAUUUCAAAACCAUGGGUCCACAGAAGAACUCAUCCUGCCUCAUGCAGACCUUUAUCAAAUGACAUACAAGGAUGGGCUUCUGUCGUUUUAUAGGCCUAAGCAGUCUUAUGAUUUUUUUUUUAGUUUGAUGGUCACUAAUUGCUCCUGAAUGAAGUAUUUUUCAAAACUCAAAAGAAUUAAAAUUUAUUAAAUUAAAUGGCCGUGAAUUCUUAAGAGAGGUAAUCCGUAUUUACCUUUCUCAGAUUUGAAAGUUGUAAAUUACUAAAAACUGAUUUUGAUUAACUUGGACUAUUUCGCUAUGAGGUAGGCACACACAAUUAUUUACCAGUAUCUAUCGAAAUGUAUUCUGAAACAGAAUGUUUAAUAUGAUUAGUAAUAUUUAUUGUCAUUGUCAGGUAGAUGUAGCUAUCUUGAGAAGAAUUUCCUGGCUAUAAAUUUUAUAGUUUUUAUAAUAACUAAUUGGCCAAUUUUGAUAGUCCAUUAAAAGGUAAAAAUAAAAUACAUAUCAGUUUACUAGCAAUAAUUGUGUGUUUGUUUUUGUGCGGGUUGAUGUGAUUGCAAGGAGCAUAAAAAUUUGAAUAGCUAGAGUCCUCAAAAUUUGAAUAGCCAAGGGCCUCUGGUUAGCUAAAUCCUGCCCUGUUUGUCACAACUACAGAAUUUGGUUGCGGCUAUUUCUCACAUGCAAAAAUCCUCUGUUGUUUAUACAAAUUUUAGAAAUGACUGUCUUUCAUAAUUUUCUCAGCCUAUUUUAUUGUACGUUUAGCAUAAUGAAAUUUAAUUUCUCCAUUUCAGUGCCAAAAUUGUUCUUCACCUGGGCCCAGCUGAACCUGGCCGUCCACCUGGUCCAGUAACAAAUAGUGCAUAUCAUUAUAUAAGAUUAUCUUUUAGAGAGCUGGGGCAUCAAGAGGUUUGUGUUACAUUUACCUUGCUUUAAAAUUUUCUAAUGUACCAGUAACUGCUGAUUGCAGAACACAAUUUUAUAAUAGUCAUUCUUAAAUCUGUAUGAGCUUUUUAUAGACUAUAACUAUAAUAGACAAAUUAAAAAAAACAACUUUUCUUUACAGUUUCUCAAAUAUCUAAAAGAAGAAAUAAAACAGAAAAAAUGGGAAGUCCAGUCCCAAUCUCCUCCUGCAUUAGGUGCAAGUGCAAGCAAUACUACUGGCUUGGUAAGCGAACCAAUUAUUGUUGGAUAAGCCCUAACAUUUUGCAAUAUAAGAUAAGAUAAUACACAUAAGAUAAUAUUCUUUUAUUAAUCAAAUACAUGAAAAUGUGUUUUGAUUACUUUGUACAUUUUCACUUUCAGCAUUUGGAUAAACAUUCUGAUCAAGAUAACAAUUUUUAAACUAGAACAAUUUAAAACUAAGACAUUAAAAGCUAAGUAUAAAUGAAGCUAUCCAGGUCUACCAUGUGCUCACAAAUAAAAAUGAAAUUUUAUGACUCAGGCAACUUACAAGUUGAUGUUCAAAAUGUAUUGUAAAUGAAAGAUGUCUCAAACUUAAAAUUAUUUUAAAAUCUUGCUUAUGUUUUAAAGAAAGAUUGUGUUUUAUAAAACUUAAAACUUUAACUUUUGAGAGGAAGUAUUUCUGCCUUAUAGGUCACAGUUGAUUGUUUAAAUUUAGAUCAUGUCUAAAAUUAGCCCACCAGUGACUUCCACUAAAGUAAAUUCUACAACCAGUUAGAGAGUAUUUGUAUCCAAAUAAACAUUGUGUAUUGUUCAAAUUGAGUUCUUUAAUUAAUUUAAUUAUAAUUUUUAUUAAUUGGCACAUAGCAACAUAUUUAUCUACACAGGAGGUUACCCUUUUUUAUCAGUAUCAGUAUAAUUUAUAAUGUUUAGUAAAGUAGUGAAAACACCCUGUAAUGAAGUACUACAGUCACAAGAUUUUCUACAAUUUUUUACUCUGACCACACUCCUGCUUAUACUACGGCUUCCAAACCAAUCCCACACAUUCCUGUUAAUCACAUUGCAUACCACCUUUUACUGUUUUAUGCUCAUUCAGGGCUCAUUCAACCUAAGUUCUAUAAUGUUUUAGUUUCUUUUUCAAUAAGUUAUGAGACUUAGAAGUUGAGAAAAGCUUUCCGACCUCUUGAGUAGUUUAAUGGCAAGCUUAGAUGAUGGGAGUUUCCAUCUAAGUAGAAACUAUUGAAGUUGAUACAGAAGUGAUGUUGAUAAUCUUUUGUAAUGAUAACUCAGAAUCCAUAAAAAAUUUUCUGAGUUAUCAUUAACAAAAGCACUAUUAGGCCUACAUCUGUAAUUGAUGUUAGCCUAGUGACAAGGACCAAGGGGAUGGUAGUAAACUUAGACUUGUGAAAAUGUACAGAUAUUCAGCUUCAUCAUAUAUUAUGUGCUGACCUUCAAUUUUCUGUAUUGCCUGACCUGUUUAUUUCAAUACCUGAUUUGGCUUAGUUUAAAAUUGAAGCUACAGAAAUAAUUUUAUGAUAAUCAUUCUAUUCAUGAAUUUAAAUUAGCAUGAUUAAAAUUUCCAUUGCACCGUUAUAAUAAUUCCUAACUGAAACUGUUCACAGCUGCCUAGACAGAGGCCAGGCAUCGUUGGUAUUGAAAGAUCCAUACAACAAAAGAAUAAAGAAACCAACAAGAAUAUCUCACAAGCUUUCCUGGACCUGCGCAAUCUAAUGGAGAAAGUAAUAAAAAAUUUCCACAGAGUUUCCUUUUUACUACACAGGUCUAUAGCAUUGAUAAUGGGCAACAGAAACAUCCUGUACAACCAGGAAUCAUCAGCUUGGGAGACUCAUGUUGCUCUUACAUGGCCAAUUUUCAACCAAUGUUAUUCAUUAACUUUGAAUAUUUAAAUAAAACUAAUGAUUCUUUUUAUCAAGUGGUAGUGUGAAACUAUUAUAAUUUAUUUUUUUUAUUUUAAAAUAUCCAUUUCACAUGCAGCUUGGGUUCAGUUAAAAUCUAUCAUACACCUCAAUGCUUCAGGUUUUUACACAUCCUGGUACUUGAUGGUAUUAACUCUCAGAUAAAGUGACUUUAAAUUUAGCAUCAGGUUGUAUCUCUUAAACAGGCCUAAUUAUUUUUUUCUGCAUUCUUGCAGCAGCUUUGCAAGUACCAAUUUUUUAAUUAUGUCAUUUUGAACAAAUAUGUUUUUAUGAUCAAUAAAAUAUUUGUGACUGACAUUUUACGCAGGCUAAAGAGAUGGUGGCCUUGAGUAAAACCAUAGCAACAAAGAUCAAAGACAAGCAGGGAGAAAUCACUGAAGAUGAGGUUGUGACCUUGUUGAUGUUUCAUUUUAUGCCUUGCAUUAUGAUAUAAAAUUGUGAAAUAAGCUUACUGUACCAGUAAUUAAAAUACUUUUCAGUAAUGCAGGGCACAGAAAUUACUAAGAAUAAGAAGUUGCAGCUGUUGCAAUUUCAUCUUAUUAUUUUGCAAACUUUCAUUUUUUUGUAAAUUUCGAUCUUUAAAAAUAUGAACAAUAGUAUUCAAGCAGUGUUCCAUCACCCGGCCUUUAGGAGCACAAUCUUUCUCUCAAUAGCAAAACAUUUUAUUUUAUUGAACAGUUGUCUAACACUUUAUGAAUUUAGUUAUUGAAUACUUUAAAGGUAUAAGUAUAAGUUAGAUUGUCAUUUUUAAGGAAAUUUACUUUUUUUUUAAAAGUUGCACUCCUUUAAGUAAGGAGUCCUUAUUUGAAAUUAUGAAAAAUUUUCUAUUAAAAAUAUAUUCUAAUCUAAAUAUUAAAUAUGAAUGCUGUUCGUUUACUAUAAAAUGCAAAUAUCCUUUCCAUUGCAGACAAUAAAAUUUAAGUCCUAUUUGCUGAGCAUGGGAAUUCCCAAUCCUGUAACCAAGGAAACGCAUGGCACAGGAGAUAAAUAUUACAUAGAAUUAGCCAAACAGCUGUCUACUCUUCUAGCAAAGCCCAUUGAGGUACUGUAUACCUUUGACCUUAUUUUUACAUGUGUACAAUUCAUUUUCUUUAAUUUGCAAUAAACCCUAUACAUAAGCAUUGAUCUAAAAGCAGUUAUUACCAACAAAUAAUAAAAAGCAAACAGCAGUUCAUUCUGUAAGUUCAGAUCAUAGAAAUACUCUUUAACUUUAACGGGAUCUAAAUAAUUUAUAUUGUUAAAACAAGAAUUUUUCAUACAAAUACUAACUUUAACUCAUUGUUGGAAACUCUUUUUCUUCCAAAUAUCAUGUGUAAAAGUAAAAUAAAAUCAACAAUGAUUUUUAUUUGCUUAGAAAGGAUUUAAAAUGUGUGACAGAAGCAGCAUUAAACUUUGAUUCAUAAGAGAUUUAAAUUUAAAAUUCUCCUUAGUAAAGACCAGAUAAAAAUCCAGAUAAUUUGUAUACUGUCGGCAAUGCACUAUUUUUGUAAUAAAAAUGUUCAUAUUUCAGGAUUGUGGAGGUAUGAUGACCUUGACUGAUGUUUACUGCAGGGUCAAUCGAGCAAGAGGAAUGGAGGUAAUAAAUGCUUUGAAAUUACGAACAUUUUAACAUUAUCAAAUUCUUUGUUUUAUUUUCUUUUAUCAGUUUUAUUACCUAAUAUAAACCCAAAAAGUUUUCAAUAGUAAAGAUUAUUUAUAUAAGGGGUCAUUAAAAUAUUAAGGACGCUCUUGGCGGUUGUUGAUUUUUAAAGAUUUUGCAUACAUGCUGUCAUGCUGUUGCUUUGUGUUUUCACAAAUAACUCGCUAGAUAUCACAACAUAUUUCCCCUGGUGACCCAUUGUAUUUGAUGAACAAUAAAGGUGGUUAACUUCCUAUGCGCUGCCCCAGAGACCAUCUUAUUAAGUCUUCCCAUUGACUUCAAGUUGCCUCCCUCUGUUGGGUGUACGCCAAAAAUUAGAAAAAAACUGGUUUAUGGUGAAUUGACUUCAUUUAAUUGUCUUGAAUGUUAUUAUGAUGAUCUAUAAAUAAAUGGGGGUUUUUUAUGGUGUUUUGUUGUUUUUUUUGGGGGGUUGUGAAAGUGGGUGAGAGCUCAAUGUAUGUACACAUAUGGGGAUUUUAGGAAAAAUACAGGAUGUAUGGGGAGUCUAAAAUUUGACUUUUUGAAUUAAAAUAUACUGAUGACCCCUAAAAGGUUAACUGUAUGCCCUGAGACAUUUUGUUGAGCUUAAUUUUUUUAAUAUUUUAAAUUCCACUGAACUGUAAUGUCUACAUUUUUUUUUUUUUAAUCUGAUUUGAUAUUUAUGGAUAUUUUUCCAUUUUAAUUCUGAUAACAUUUACCCUGUACGUAGACUAGACUGUUUUUUAUAAACAUAUUGACAUAUCAUCAGUAAGAAGAAUUUUUUUUGUUUGAUGUUAACUAUCAUCAGCACAGACCAGUAAUAUGUCAUUUGAAUUAGACCUUUUUUUUUUUACUUUUUUUUAACCAGUUGCUCUCCCCUGAAGACUUGUUCUCUGCCUGUCAGUCCAUGGAGUUCCUCAGUCUACCCAUAAGGUGGGUGACUAAAUGAAAGUUUAAGUAGAUUGUAGUUUACAUGUAUUUUUUUCUUGUGUUAGAGUGGGCCAUGUUUUAUAACAAAACCUCAAAAGUUAUUUGAAGAUGGGUUGUUCAAAAUCUUAUACUGUGUAUACAAAAGAGCUCAAAUUAAAUAUGAAAUUCAGGGUUAACAUUUUUUUGAAUUUCAUGUCAAAUUUCUCAAACAUUUUUAUUUUGCCUGGAAAUUGGGUACUCCAAAUAAUAAUAAGACUUUCAAUUUCAAUCUAUGGACAAUUUCAGUAUAUGAGUUGCAUUAUUAAGCAGUGUGCAGAGCAAGAUUUGGCAGGUUGGUUGGCAUAUUAAAUAUGUCACUUCAUCAAAUCUUUGGAUGAAGCCUUUAUCUUAUGAGAUGAUUUAACAUGUCUUGAACUUGAAUGUUAAUAAAUAAAUUCACAUCAUCUCAUCUGAAAUAUUUCUCAAAUCAUUGUGGAUGUGUUUUUUUUGUUCCCAGACUGCAGACUUUUGACAGCGGCGUGUCAGUCCUUCAGGCUCAGAAUCAAGAUGUGGAAGAAAUAGUCACAAAUACAACUGCAAUGGUGAGAUAAGAUGAGAGGAGAUUUUAAUCUUGUUUAACUGAAACUGGGCUUUUUUAUUCUGAAAUAUUGUUAAACUAUAACAUCACUAUGAGACUUCACUAGGGUAUGAUUAAACUACAGCAUUACUGAGACUUUACUAGGGUAUAACCAACUCCAGAUAUUGGGGAAGGAUUUAUAAUGAUAUUUUCCUGUUAAUGAGACAACUUAAAAAAUUGAACUUUUACUGGCUUUAAGAUUAAUGUUUUUGAGCUGCAUAAAAAUCAUCAUAGUGCUGAUUACACUCCCAUGAAAAUGAGGAGUAUACAGCAUGUACAAAGGCUAAUUGUCAGACUGCUAGUGUGAAAUUCCAUAAUUUAUAUUGAGCUGCUCAUGAGUCAAUCCUAUCUACAAAUAAUUAAAUAUGAUGCAGAUAUGGUAUCUAUAGAAAUUAGUGUUCUGUCACUAAUUUAAUCUAAAUUACUUGUACGAUAUUGCUCUAAAAUUGGGAUCUCAAAUGUUAGCACCCUUAUUCUAAUAUCUCCAGCGGCUUAGCGGAACUAGUAUUAGAGUGCCCAGAUUAAAUGUUUUAAUUUUAAAUAUGUAGCUUAAUCAGUGAGCCAGGCUUGUCUGACUGAUGAAUCAGAAUUUUGUACCACCUUAAUGAAUCUCGUUUUGGAAACGAAAUAGAUUAUGUCCUAGCAGUGGUGUAGCUAGGUUUAGCCUGGGGCGGGUCAAGUUUUUGCUCCCCCCACCCCCUUUUUUUUUUAAAUGACAAAAACUCUGCAGUUGGCUGAAAAUUUCACACACACAAACACACACACCCCCCCCCCCCCACCACUGUACCAUAGAUUUUAAAAGAGGGUUGUGGUCAUUUGGAGGUAAAAUUAAACUCAAGAAUAGCAUUGAUAUCAUAUGUCAUGACAUUUUCCUUAAAAAUGUAUUCAUCCUGAUAACUAAGAAAGAUGAAGUAGAUCAAAAAAUAUAAUUAAAUACCGAAAGAUUCUGCCACAAAUCCUCCUCUUAUGUUAUUGAAUUUUUUUUUUAAAUUUCUAUAAAAUUUCCAAUAGUUACUUAAACUGAACAUAUUAUUUGGGAGGUUUCUUAGGUUUCUUUAUAAAUACAAUAUUUAACCGUGCAAUUAUCUUUAGGUACAAAAGCAUGGGUCUUUGACUUCUGAGCAACUGGCUCAGUUCUUAGAGUUGUCUGUUGUUUUAGCCAAAGAGAGGUGAGUAUGAGCAAAGUUUCUAAAUCUUGUCUUGUUGAUGUUUUUGGCAUUUACCCUGAUCUAAUUAUGUCGGUAAGAAACUUUAUUAGGAUAUAAACUACUCUUUUUACUUUAAAAUAUUGGCUUAACUUACAUAACAUCCAGGUACUUCAAAAUUAUAGAGAUUUUAUUUAAUUUAUAUAGGCCUACAUAAUAACAACACAUUGCCAUUUCACCCAUGCCACCUAUUUCACUCAUGCCACCAAUUUCCAGGAAAACAUAUUCUUGUUGAUUGUUUUUAAAUUAAACUGUUGGUAAUAUACUAUUGAUAUCAUGGUAACACACCACUAAUAUGGUAACACACUACUGAGUAGGUAACACACUACUGAUACGGUAACACACUACUGAUAUGGUAACACACUACUGAUACAGUAAUACACUACUGAUUUGGUAACACACUACUGAUAUGGUAACACACCACUGAUAUGGUAACAGACUACUGACAUGGUAAAAUGCUACUGAUAUCAUAGUAACACACUUCUGAUUGAUUACUGAUAAUCAGGGUAACACACUACUGAUAUAAUGGUAAUAACUACUGAUUGACUACUGAUAUCAUAUUUAUCACAUACUUCAAGCUGAUCUGAAAAUCCUUGGACCUAAGGAAAAAAAUAACUCAUAAUAAUUUAUUUAUUUUUUUGGUAGACUCCUACUAACUGAAAAGAUGGGAGGACUGUGUAGAGAUGAAACUAUUGAAGGCCUGCGAUUCUUUCCAAAUCUUUUUCUAACACAGACAUAGUAUAAUAUUCUAUAUUUCCUUGUGUAAUUGAUUUUUAUAUUUUUACUUUGUUUAUAUUUCAAUAGAACAUGUGUCAUUUCACUGCUGAUGUUAAAAAACUACAUCCAUUACACAUUUGUUACCUUGAGUAGUCACAUGACCAAACUUAAAAUAAUAGCACCUUAAAAAAAGAUCAAAGACCAUAAUUGUUCUUUUUUUUUAAGAGAGCCCUUUUGUACACGAUAGGUAUUAUGUCAACAAUAUCGUAACCAGUUUGAAAUGCUGCUUGCAUAUAUUGUUAACCCAUGGCCUUCCCCACUUCCACAAUCAUGGGACUGUCUUCCAACAUUGUUCAAUAAGCCAUCAAUAUAAUAAGGGAAGUCAUUAAAUUUUAAUUAAGAUCCGGGCAGCCCCAUGAGGCAAAAGUAACUUUGUCUGCCUCCCAACCUGGGGGUAGUGUGUUAGAAUGUAAGGAUUUGUCCCCACCUAUGGGUAAAAUAAUUGAGUGGAAUUUAAUUCAUGACCCCAGUAAUGCAUUGGGGUCAAAAGGGAAUAUGGGGAAUCCUUGAGUAAAAUUAUCUGCUGAUUGCUGAUAUAUUUUUGAAAUAUGAAGCACUGGGCCAUAUUGGUGCAUAACUCGCUACAAUGCAAAAUAGCUGUAAUCUUACCCUUUAAACUACAACUGCCGGAUUUAAUACUGAUUUACCCCAAAAAUUAGUUCACUCAAUAAAAUCAUAUCUCUAAUUUUUUAGUAAAAAAGAUUAACUUUUUUUUUAAAAAGUAUUUUAAAUGAAUAGCAGGAACUACACCAUGUUGUCCUGCAGGCUCCAUUCUGCUCAUGAACCACACUCUGGCCACUACUGAUAUCUAUAUUUGUAUAUUUACACAACAGAUUCAAAGUAAACACUACAUAAAAAAUGUGGCAGUUAUCCCAGUUUACCCUGAUAACUGACCUACCUUGAAUUUCAAAUGAUUACCAAUCUGUAAUAGAACAUUGACCUAUUUUUUUGUUUGUUAUUCAGUGCAAUCAAAAGUUCCAGUUUAAUUGUAAUUUAAAUCCCAUUAAUGUAUCAAUUCAAAGAUUGAUUAUUAUAAUGUUGCUGCAAUUUAAUGUUAAAGAUAUUUUAGUUGUGUGAAAAGUCCACUUACUUUCUAUCUGCAACUGAAUCGCAGUUUGUACUCAAAACAAAAUGUUAAAACAGCAGUUGGGUACUCAUGUCUUGCUUCAUCAGUGAUAGAUUCUCUUUUGGUUGUGGGGGUGGAGUUAGGGGGGACAGACCCAGUCCACCAGCAAGUGACAGCUGUUAAACAUUUAGAGAUCAAUCACAAUAGUUAAAUAUAACUUGAAUUUAUUUGCAUGUUACUUGCUUGAAGCAGAUAACCAUUCAAUAUGUAAUGUAUGUGAUUUUUGUUUACAACUUGUUUAUGGUUAAAUUAUUUGGAUUAUGAGAAAUGUUUUUUCUUGAUGACUGUGCUGCUAUUUAUUAAAUGUUAUUGCAAUUCUGUUGUUGUUUUUUUGAGUUUUAUUAAAUAUAAAUAAUAAUUGUAAUUGUUCAUGUUUAGGCCUACAUUUUCUAAGGAAGCUAUAUUUUAUUAUGCUCUUACAGAUUAAAACCCUUCCGUAAUUUUCUUUAA